GUUCAGGUCUGAGCCGCAACAUCAGCCCAGCCUGGAGCAGAAUAUCGCCGCCGCUGCUACUGGAUCCGCCGGGGAGCGGGCACCCGGUCAGCCCGCCGUCAUAUUCAUUCAAAUUUAUGCUGUGUUUUUAAUCCGAUCCCGGUCCCGGUGUGGGGGAUGGACCCAGACCAGAGUCCCAGGAGGGGGGGGACAUACCGCAGUCCGUGCGCGGUGACGAGGUGAAGACCGAAAUGGUGCGUUUGUAAUUCUCACUUCGGCUUGAGGAAGCUCGGAUCGGUAUCUGUUUUCGAACCAUCCUCCUGGUGUGAGUGCCAGUGCGACGGGGGAAUGCAUCCGAGCGGGUGUUUUGCAGCAGGUGGAUGGCUAACCUGGCGGACUCAGCAGUCCAGGCUCCAUCCCUGAAAACGAACCCAGAAACGACACCACACAGGACCGCGUCAGACAUAGACAAAAAGCCAAGCCAUGCUUCCCGGGGUCGGCGUGUUCGGUACCAGCCUGACUGCCAGGGUGAUCAUCCCGCUGCUCAAGAACGAGGGCUUUGCCGUCAAAGCGCUGUGGGGCCGGACGCAGGAGGAGGCGGAAGAGCUGGCCAAGGAGAUGAAUGUCCCCUUCUACACCAACCGGAUCGACGACGUGCUGCUGCAUCAGGAUGUGGAUCUUGUCUGCAUCAACCUGCCUCCGCCUCUGACGCGGCAGAUCGCAGUGAAAACAUUGGGUAUUGGAAAGAACGUCAUCUGUGACCGGACUGCCACACCUUUGGAUGCCUUCCGGAUGAUGUCAGCGGCCCAGUACUAUCCCAAGUUGCUGAGCAUCAUGGGGAAUGUGCUACGUUUCUUGCCUGCCUUUGUUCGAAUGAAGGAGCUGUUAGAAGAAGGCUAUGUUGGGGAGCUUCUGGUCUGUGAGGCUCAGGUCCACAGUGGCAGUCUACUGGGAAAGAAGUAUAACUGGAGUUGUGAUGACCUGAUGGGAGGUGGUGGCCUGCACUCGGUGGGCAGUUACAUCAUUGACCUGCUUACAUUUCUGACCGGCCAACGCGCAGCAAAGGUCCACGGUUUCCUAAAGACUUUCGUCAAACAGACGGACCACAUCCGGGGCAUCCGUCAGAUUACCAGUGACGACUUUUGCACUUUCCAAAUGGUACUGGAGGGAGGCGCCUGUUGCACUGUAACUCUCAACUUCAAUGUCCCUGGGGAGUUUCGGCAAGAGGUGAUUGUUGUUGGGACAGUUGGAAGGCUAACUGUAACAGGGACAGACCUAUAUGGACAGAAAAACAGCGGGGGUGGAGGAAGUGGUGGCGGGCCUGAACUCCUACUUAAGGAUACAACACCUCUAGAGAAGGCCUCCUUACCAGAGAAAGCCUUUAGUGAUAUUCCAUCUCCAUAUCUCACUGGAACAAUCUGCAUGAUCCAGGCUGUGCGGCAAGCCUUCCAGGACCAGGAGGAUCGGCGGACGUGGGAUGGCAGGCCUCUGACAAUGGCUGCUACUUUUGAAGACUGUCUUUAUGCUCUGUGUGUGGUGGAUACCAUCAAAAAAUCAAACCAGUGUGGUGAGUGGCAGAACAUUGUAGUGAUGACAGAAGAACCAGAGGUCAGUCCGGCUUACCUGAUUAGUGAAGCCAUGCGCCGUAGUCGGAUGUCACUUUAUUGUUAGCAAUCUGCAGGCUCUUGUAAAAAGUGACAGCAGAAGGGCCUUGGUAUUGUUGAAACGUUUUCAUCGCUACCUUUUUUAGUUGUCCCUGUCAUUACCAUUUUGUUUUUUAAGAAAUCUGUAUUGUUCCUGUUAUGGACAAGGAUCUUUUGUCACUAUGAUGCUGAGAGUAAUGGUUAUGCUGAAAUCCUGCCCUAACAGUAGAGGAAAAGCAAUGAGAGUAAUAAUUAACCCUUUAUUUACAAAGAGGCCUGUCCUGAUCUGUUACUACAUUUUUUAUUUAACAAGCAGAUUCUAUUGAUUUGAACAGGAUUUUCUUCUCCACCCUUUUAGCUGCUUGACCAUAAGGGUAUUGCACCUGCUAUCUCUGCUUCUCCUCUACAUGACUAGGUCUGGAGGACAACACCAUAUCUACACUGUGGGUCCGUAUGAGGACAGCCAAGGAAGAACGACAGUCCUCUCAGUUCAAACUGUGCAACUGUGUUGUGGCUAUAAUCUCACGUACUUGCUAGUUUUACAAAGUAACUGUUAAAAAAAAUCUGUGUGCUUGAUAGUUUCAAUGUCUGUCUGCUUUGUAUGUGUGUAAAAAGAAUCAAUAGUUUGGCUGGUGGGUUUGUCAGAUGGCUUUACCCAUGGGUUCAUGUAUGCAAUAAAUCCAGAGUGCAGCCAGCUGUAGGAAUUUCUACAGUCCAGUCUGUAGUGAAGGCUGAGUGUGUUGCCAGCUAUUUGAGUUUAGAAGUGUUUUGGGAUGCCUUUAUGGAGUUACAAUCCAGCUACAGCUGUGCAUUAGAUUAUUCCAGGAGACUUGUAUGAGAAUCCAUCUGUCAGUGCUUUCACUAACUUACCCAUCAGUGUCACUCAGCUGGAUCCUCACUGAUUCCUACAAAAUGUAGAAAACUGCAAUAGUCCCUAUUUAUAUAUGAACAAUCCAUCAAACGACGUAUAUAUUAAAGAUGUCACUCAAAGUGGCAAACCAACUGAGAGGAAUCAUCCCAUAUCUGUAGUUCUCUAAUUUCAGCUUUGUUUUGAUUUCAUGGUCCUUAAACAUUCAUUGUGUAAGAUUUAGGAGGAUAUUAUUGCAGAAUCAGAAUAUAAUAAUUCAUAAUGUAUGUAUUUAAUAGUGUAUAAUCACAAAAAAAUAGCAAUAAAGAAAAAAUAUUGUGUUUUUGGUACACUAGAGUUUGGUACUCUGGAGAAUUUGUCUUCUUCCUCUCCUUUUUUAUCUUUUAUAGCAUGGUGGUAUGAAGUGCUAAAGUAAUUUACUGUCACCAUAUACUUGAGUGUAACCAGUCACUAACCUGUUAACCAAAAACUAACACACUUUUAGCAGCCACCAUAGGGGAGGGUGAGGCCAACUUUACCACUAGAUUCCACCACAGAUCACUCACUGAGCCUACCUUUAACAAUGUGUUUUGUUUUGUUUUUUUUUCCAUUUUGCCCCCCCCCCCCCCCCCAAAAAAAAAAAACAUAGCAGUUAGUAAAAUGCAAUACAAGUCACUAUAAGGUUGUCUUUUAAAGAUGGGGUAAGAAAUAUCUGAAAACACUGCUGAUACUUGAACUCACCCACCAAACAAAUACACCUUUUCCAUCAGUGCUUCUUCAAGAGCUUCAUUCUUAUGAAUAGCCUUUGAUUGGCCAAAUAAGUGAUGGAUUAUUGUGGAACAUGUCCAUAGCAAGGGCUGUAUAUAAACAUUGGGUUUCUUUUAUUGCGUUGGAAACUAGCGAACCAUGUGGACAAUUUUGCUGAAUUUGACACAAGGUACGUUGGCCUAAAAUUGCUUACUCCAUCUUUAAUUAGAUUUGUUGACAUGAAGAGAAUAUCAUCAUGUUUGUCUUGUGAAGCAUGAUGUACAUGCAGUAUGAAGGCAGAUGUCCUUACAAAGAACAAAAUCAGUGAGUCAACAUAAGCGAAGCCAAAUUGUUAUGUGUUAUUCCAUUUUGUGGGGAUAUUAACAAACAAUAUUAACUUCUUAUGCACUGACAAGAAGUUUAUUACAUAAAAUCGUAUUGCAGUCAGACAGUGGUGGAUGUUUCAUUCUGAAUUCUAAUAACUGAAAGUGAAUUAAUCUGUCACAUUAUGACUACUGGAACAUGCUAUCCCAAAGGAUUUGCAAAUGCAGUUAAAGCACAGCUUUACUAUCAGUCAUUACUAUCAUAUAGGGGAAAGAACAACACUGACCUACAAGCCAAAACAUUGAUUUUUUUUAAGCGUCUCUGCUCCGCUGUUGGUUUUCAAGUUCUUAAUCUGUGCUGAAAUACUAUCUAUGUAACAACUACUGAAAAUGUACAUAUGGAAAUAUUAUAAAACAAUAUGUGUAUGUCUAAAGAAAUAAGUACUGUAUGUAUUUUAUUUGGAAAAACCAAGGAACUGGAACAUGUUUAAGAGAAUACAUUACUGUGUGUUUGGGAAUUUAUUUGUUUUGUGGACUGACAUGCAGUGUCAUAUUGGAGAUUAAUAGCAGAUUGAGGCCUUUGAGCAUUAAGCUUCUUAGUUCCCCUUCUAUUAAAUAUUGACCAAAAUUGUCCUCUCUGAUAUGAAAAGCUUUAUGUCUGCAAUUAGGAUGCAUUGCAAAUCAUCACACACACAAAUAAAAAGUUAUGAUUUCUACCAUAAACUCCAGCAUGAAUACUCUAACUGUUGUAAUUGUUGACAGCCUGUGGUAUCAAACUGACUCGUCUGACCCUUGUGUUGCACCAUGUUGAAAUAAAGGUUCAAUAGAAGAUUGAUGCAUGCUCGCUCACAUGACAUUUGUGUUGGAGUUGAGGACUUUGGCUCCAAAAUUAAGCCAACAUAUAAGUGUCUUAAAGCCACUAAAGCUAAAGCUGGUUCCUACAAGACCUGGCUCUCAUUGAAGUUCUUUCUAAAAAAUACUAUGUCAAUAAAUUUCUUUCAGGAGU